AUGCGGUCGACCAGACUUUAUCUCGUGGGAGAUUUAUUUGAUGCCGGUAAAUGUUUCACAAAUGUUGCCAAGUUAAAUAUGAAAUGAAAAGAAAAGAAACAUAAACAAAGACAAAGAAAAAAGAUAUGAAGACUUUGAAGAGGAAAGCGACGAGGUCUAAAGAUACUUUUAGAGAAGAAACUGUCGUAACAUUUAAGUGAAACGAAGAGGCAUUGUAUAGUAGAUACUUUCGGUAAAAUAGUUUUUAUAAAGCAUUUUUCAUCCAUGUUUUACUACAUCAAGCCAAAAUCGCAAAUUACUUAUUAACCAUAUUGAAGGUGUGAAGCUGAUAAUGUGGUACGGAAUUGACAAUUAGGAGUGCCUCAUGAAUUUUCUUCAAUUCGCUCUAAAAUUAGGAGAGUAUAAUAACAAUAGGAUCCUUGGAUCUUCUUACACAGCUAUUAAAUAGGCCGGGCUGUUUCAGAUUCUCGAUCAAAGUAGACGAAGGAAAGCGGGGGCGAGCAAAAAUCAACGAGAUUUUUGGUAGAAGCGAAUUCUCGUCCCCUUUUUCGCCCCCCGUUUUUUUUUUAAGUAUCUUUGCGGUGUGAGAAUAUAGAAAGAGAUUACAGUUAAUGAGCUGGUCGUGUAAAAUUUUAUUUAGACUUUUGCAAGAACGAUUUAUCACAGUUCUUCCAGAACCAGUGAAGUCUGAAAAGAGUCAGGUCGUUUAAGCGCGAGUGAGGGAAAAAGACCCAAGAAAGGAAGACAUCAGUUUUCAGAAUAAUAUGAGCGUAUAUUUUAUGCAAUGUGGUCCUCAAUGAAACCCGGCAUGUGGCGCUUGAAUUGAGCAGAAGUUAGUCUUUACUUGUAUAAGUUUGGCACAGUUCAGAACUAGUUAACUGUGACGCAGAAUUCUUCACCUCAUCGUAAGAAAAAACAAAAAUGUAAUUUCGUAAACAAAAAGUAGUGUAUCUAUUUUUUUUAGCUACAUAUAGUCUAUACCAUGAAAGCUUGUACCGUAUAUGAAAGUGGAUGAUUGAUGGAAUAAUUAAUAUCAAGUACUUAGCCCAGACUAAACUAUUCGGCGUUCGUAAAUCAUUAUAUUCAGUAAUACCAAAGGAAGGUGUAUUUUUGUUUUGCUCUUUAGUUCUUGUAUUGAGUAAAAUUUCGAUUUUUUUGAAUUAUUGUGAAAUACUGAACUGAAUCUUCGAAACAAAUUAAUGACGUUUUUGUUAAAAAAAAAAACCAAACCAAUUCAAAUUGAAAUGAGAUGUUGAGUUUACUGUCAUCUCUAUUUUCCCCAGAAAACACUUAUAUAAAAACAAAGGCAGACAGACUUGGCUAAGUCAGUGCAAAAAGGGCCUCUGUAUAUCUAAUUUUUUUUUGGCCAUUCAUCGCUCGCAAGCAGAUUUAUUUAUUUAUUUAUUUUUUAUCUUUUCGAAGGUUGAGAAAGGAAAAAGAAGAAAAGGCUUAGAGGUUUUCACCCUUAUUAAGCCUGAGCUCCCUUCAAACCUGCUUCAUCCCCCUCAGUAG